AUGUCUCUUCCAGUGAUGAGCUUCCACGAACAUAUCUUCUCUAUUGACACAAGUAAGCUGACAUGGACACUAAAGGUGAGGGUUACAAGGAUGUGGUCGACACUUGAUAAUCAAGGCAAUGUUGUUAGGCACAAUAUGAUUCUUCUUGAUUGUGUGGACAUGCACAUUCACGCAAUUGUAAGGCCAGAAAUAUGGAAUCAAAUCAAUCCUAAUGUGCUUGAGGGAGGUUUAUACAUUAUAAGGAAUUUCCAGACCACCACCAUUAAAGCUAUUCCCGUCGACGACUUUGCUAUUCAUUUGCAUAAGUUUGAAAUUGCACCAUUGUCCAUUCUAGAGGAACUUAUUGAAUCUGAUGAUCCAGAGUACAAGCCACGUUAUGCAGCAGAUGUGGUGGGAGUUCUUCAUGCGCUACAACCUAUCCAGAUUAUAAGGUCAAAUAAUGUUGACAAUCAUGUCGUCUGUUUCUCUAUAUCCGAUGGCAGGAUCUCAAUCCCGGUUCAUUUCUUUGGGCCACCAAACGAAAACACUGAAUCACUAUACGGCCAUGAUCUCCAGAACCAGAUAAUAGUUAUUCUUGCAUGUGUGAGAAUUAGUCGUUUCGGAGAGAGAAUCCACAUCACCAACUUGCCUGGCUCAAAGAUUUACAUUAAUCUCCAAUAUCGUGAUGUUACUGAAUUGAGGCAGAGGUUGGCAGAAGAUGAAGACCAGAAUCCGUAG